AUGUUCAAGCUCUCGCUCGCCCUCCUCGUGGCCUCGGUGCACGCCGGCGUCCAUCUCCUACUCCCGCGCGCCGCGCGGGCGGCGCACGCGGGGCGCUGCCUCGUCGCCGCCUACUGCCCGAACGGGUGCUCGGGCCACGGCUCGUGCGGGUCCGACGACCGCUGCACGUGCUACCUCCGCCCCAACAACGACUCGGCCUGGCAGGCGGCCGACUGCAGCGAGCGCACGUGCCCGAUGGACCUGGCGUGGGUCAAGUACCCGGUCGCCGGCGAGAACAACGUCCACGAGAGCACGGAGUGCUCCAACAUGGGUAUCUGCGACCGCAAGAGCGGCGAGUGCGAGUGCUUCGACGGCUACGAGGGCAUCGCGUGCGAGCGCACGUCCUGCCCGAACGACUGCUCCGCGCGCGGCAUCUGCUACACCCAGAAGCAGCUCGCCACGGAGGCCGCGACGACCUACGACACGCCCUGGGACGCCAUGAAGCACGUCGGCUGCGUGUGCGACCUCGGCUUCCGCGGCCCGGACUGCUCGCUCCAGGAGUGCCCGUCCGGCACGGACGUGCUCUCGGGCGACGGCAACACCAAGGGCCGCGACUGCAGCGGACGUGGGCUGUGCGACUACGACUCCGGUCUGUGCAAGUGCUUCUCGGGCUACUACGGCACCAAGUGCCAGCAGCAGACCGUCCUCGGAUAG